AUGGAGACGGAAAUCCCCCCACACGAGGUCCCGCUGCCUAUUCAGGCUCAAGAUGACACCAUGGGGGGCAUCGAAGAAUCUCCCCACCCCGGUUCAAGCAACGGCUUCCAUCAUCAACAGAGCACAUCCUUUGAUCAGGGACUUGCCAGUCCCCAACGAGACGACCCUUCAUCCAGAUACACACCUCCUGUGCAGCCUGCGCCUCCACUCUCCCGUCCAGCAAGUGGCCUGUCCAACCCCGCACAUCAGGCAUACAACGACUACCGGCAAGGCGCGGGCGAACCUUCAUCCAACGGUCGUAACCAUGUCGUGAUCAAGGUCGGCAUGGUGGGAGAUGCUCAAAUCGGAAAGACUUCUCUGAUGGUCAAAUACGUCGAGGGAAGCUGGGACGAGGACUACAUCCAAACCCUAGGCGUCAACUUUAUGGAAAAGACAAUCUCUAUCCGCAACACGGAAAUUACCUUUUCGAUCUGGGAUCUCGGCGGUCAAAGAGAGUUUGUCAACAUGUUGCCGCUCGUGUGUAACGACGCUGUCGCCAUUCUCUUCAUGUUUGAUCUCACGCGCAAGAGUACGUUGAACAGUAUCAAGGAGUGGUAUCGACAAGGACGAGGGUUCAACAAAACGGCCAUCCCUAUUCUUGUGGGUACCAAGUAUGACCACUUUGUCAACUUUCCCCCUCAAGACCAAGAAGAGAUCUCAAAUCAGGCGAGACGAUUUGCCAAAGCCAUGAGGGCUGCAUUAAUCUUUUCAAGUACAAGUCAUAGCAUCAACGUGCAGAAGGCGUGUCCAAAAGUCCCACCUGACAUCAACCCCUGA